AUGUUCACAGGCAUGACAAUGAACUUUAAAAGGUAUUUCAUUAGAGUGCUGCACCGUCUCCAGAAGGGGCCGGGAUACACAUACAAAGAGCUGCUGGUCUGGUACUGCGAUAACACCAACACGCAUGGGCCCAAGCGCAUCAUCCGAGAGGGGCCAAAGAAAAAAGUCAUCUGGUUUUUCCUGACUCUGCUCUUCGCAUCUCUCGUCUUCUGGCAAUGGGGGAUCCUGAUUGACACAUACCUCUCCUACAGUGUCAGUUCAUCUCUGUCUAUAGGGUUUAAGACCAUGAAGUUCCCAGCAGUCACAGUCUGCAAUGCCAGCCCCUACAAAUACUCCAAGGCGAGGCAUCUAUUGAAAGAGUUGGAUGAGCUCACUGAGGCAGCCCUGGAAAGGAUCCUGCAGUCCAAGCACGGGGACGCAAUCUCAGCUCCCCCACUAAACUCCAGCGAGACUGUUUCUCAGCGGUUAGACCUGAAGCUCUGGAACCAAAUCCCCUUGGUUCUGAUUGAUGAGAGUGACCCAGACCAUCCCGUCAUUAUCGAUCUCUUUGAGACCGACCAAAGCGGCUCAGGAACCCGACCCAACAAUUCCUCUCCCGCCCUGUCCAACGUGACGUCAGAAGUGAAGAAACACAAAGUGGCAGUGAAGCUGUGCCACCACAAGGACACCCCCCAGUGCAUGUACUGGAACUUCACCAGCGCAGCCCAAGCGGUGACAGAAUGGUACAUUCUACAGUCCACUAGCAUCCUCUCUAAAGUCCCGCUGCAAGAGAGGAUCAGGAUGGGCUACCAGCCAGAGGACAUGAUCCUAGCAUGUCUGUACGGGGCAGAGCCCUGCAGCUACAGAAAUUUCACCCAGAUCUUUCAUCCUGACCAUGGCAACUGCUACAUCUUUAACUGGGGAAUGGAUAAGGAAGCCCUGAUUUCUUCCAACCCGGGAGCAGAGUUUGGGCUGAAGUUAAUUCUGGACAUCAGCCAACAAGACUACAUUCCCUACCUCACAUCUACUGCUGGGGCCAGGCUUAUGCUGCAUGAGCAGAAGAGUUUCCCAUUUCUUAAAGACCAGGGCAUCUAUGCCAUGUCUGGGACAGAAACCUCUAUCGGCGUAUUAGUGGAUGAACUUGAGCGGAUGGGUUAUCCCUACAGCGACUGCACGAUGAAUGGGUCAGAUGUCCCCGUAAAAAAUCUUUAUAACGAAUAUAACACCUCCUACUCCAUACAGGCUUGUCUGCGCUCCUGUCUCCAAGCUCAGAUGUUUGAAAAUUGUGGGUGUGGUCACUAUCUGUUCCCUUUACCUGAAGGGGUAAAUUAUUGCAACAGUGAAGAUGAUCCAGACUGGGCAUAUUGCUAUUCUUCACUGAGAUCAAGUAUAAGACACAGGCAGUUUUGUAUUGACUCUUGUAAGGAAACAUGCAAUGACACUCAGUACAAGAUGACCAUAUCGAUGGCAGACUGGCCGUCUGAAGCUUCCGAGGACUGGAUUUUCCAUAUUUUGUCCUAUGAAAGAGAUCUGUCAACAAAUGUGACUCUGGACAGAAAUGGGAUCAUCAAGCUAAAUAUUUACUUCCAAGAGUAUAACUACAGAACCAUCUCGGAAUCUGCAGCUACAACCAUUGUGUGGCUCCUGUCAAGCUUGGGAGGCCAGUUUGGGUUCUGGAUGGGGGGCUCGGUGCUGUGCCUCAUUGAAUUUGGAGAAAUCAUCAUUGACUUUCUGUGGAUCACCAUAAUUAACAUCAUCAGCUGGUGCAAAGGCCUGAAGCAGAAACGAGCCCGGGCCCAGUACCCAGACACACCUCCGACUGUGUCAGAGCUGGUGGAGGCUCACACCAAUCUUGGGUUCCAACAUGAGGACACCAACAUCACCCCCUGUGAUGAAGUUCCUCCCCCUGGAGCACUCCCACCAGAGCCAGGCACCCCACCACCCAAGUACGACUCCCUGCGGGUAGACCCACAGGCUGGCAUUGACUCGGACAGCGAUGCAGAGGCCAGUUAA